CAUUCCAGCACGCAUGCGUGUCCCUGCAUACGGUAGCGAUCCUUUUGUACACAAGUUAGCAGGCAGCAAUCAACUGAUUCACGCCCAUGUUACCGUUUAUAACAAACAUGGGCUCAGCCAGCACGGCAGUAAAAGAAUCGUGUUAUAGUUGAGCUUCCAAGCGGCAGUGACGGUCAGUGCAGGUAACAUUUAGGUGCAUAUCGCUAACGCCCACAGCCUCUCCGUUGUUUACGUCUACGCACUGUAGAGCUGUUGCUGAGUGUCAAAAAUAUCGCUCAGGUUGAGGUCGGGACGAAUGAACUAUGUGUUCGAUAAGUAGAGUAAAACCCGUUCACCGGGCCCUCGCUUUGUCGCUACGGCUCAGGACAAACCUCGACGGUUCGAGUUCGGCAGCAGCCCUGAGCAGGCGCUUCUCUCCCGGCUUAAGCAGCAGUGUUCAGCCGCUAUGGGUUAGCAGCAGAUUUUACUGCGCCAGGAUGGCAAUGACCGACGGGCUCCUCUUCAGACAGCUGUUUGAGGAAGCGAGCUGGACAUACACCUACCUGCUGGCAGACACAGACACCAAGGAGGCUGUCAUCAUUGAUCCUGUGCUGGAGACCAUUGACAGGGAUCUUACACUCAUAAAGGAACUCGGACUCAAUCUAAAAGUGGCAGUUAACACCCACUGCCAUGCAGACCACAUAACGAGCACUGGGCUGAUGAAAAAAAGAUUGGCGGGACUGAAGAGUGCCAUCUCCAAAUUCAGUGGUGCUUCUGCUGAUAUCCACUUAAAAGAGGGAGACAAGAUCACCUUUGGAAGACAUUUCCUGUCUGUGAGAGAGACACCAGGACACACUGAUGGAUGUACAACGCUGGUAACUGGGGAUCAGAGCAUGGCUUUCACUGGUGACGCUCUCCUCAUCAGAGGCUGUGGCAGGACAGACUUCCAGCAGGGCUGUGCCAAAAAACUUUACCAGUCAAUCCACGAGAAAAUCUUCACCCUGCCAGACCACUGCCUUGUCUACCCGGCACAUGACUACUUAGGUCAGACGGUUUCUACAGUUGGUGAGGAGCGCAAGUUUAACCCACGCCUGACUAAGAGUUUGGAGGAGUUUGUGGAGAUAAUGAACAACCUGAACCUCCCCAAGCCACAUAAAAUAGAUAUUUCAGUGCCUGCUAAUCUGGUUUGUGGAUUGCACCAUGUUUGAAUGUGCUGCACAAAAGAGGAUAAUAAUUAAAUUAACUACAUCAUUGAAAAGUGAUUGAGAUUAAUGGACCUGUUCAGCAGGAUUAAUCAAACAGCUUACCAUAAAGUGCUUCAUUGUGGUUCUGUCUAAAUGUAAAACUGUAUAUUUCAAUUGCUGAUGCUCACAUCAUUGAUUAUACUUGAAAUAAAAUGGCAUCUAUUUUAGAUAUUUGAAAUAAGUUUUAGAUGUAUGUAUUUUAUGAAAAAACUUUUAAUUGUUGUUAAUUGUUCAAACUUAAAAGUAAGUAGUUUUAUUCAGAUGUGUUAAUGUGAAUAUUAGAAUUAGGGAGGAAAUUUAUGAGCAGGGAAGCUUGGACAGGAUUGUUCCACUCAACAUUUAGUUUAGUGUUCAUGAAUGCUGAACCUUAACCUGUGCAACUGGGUUCUUCAAAAUGGCCUUUUUAGUGAUUCUGGACUCCUGUAGCCACACUUUCAUACUUUUCAUAGCCUUAUGCAAGCAGAAGCUGUUCUAUUUACAUUCAAAAUCAAUAACAUCUAAGAUGUAAUUGCGUAACAUUGUGAUCACACGAGUUCCUUUAGAUGUAUAACAGACAUCGGUGCAUUGAAACAAUCAAUAUUACUUGCAGUAUAUAUAUAAUAUAAAAUUUUAAAAAGAGAGGCCAUGGCAAGAAUUAAAUGUGCAUUGCAUAGUGCAAUGAGCUGAGCAUGCUGCUCUUGUAUUUAACAGAUGCUCAUUAAGAUUUGCUUUGGAGUGCUUGCCUUUGUGAUAGUUUGAUCCUGUUGUUUUGCUGGACAGAAUCAAAAUGUUCAGAACUGUUUUCAUGUGUGUAUAACUUUUUACUAUUGACUGUGUUUAAGCAAGCACCACAUCAGUUUAAUGCACAAAUUAGGCUAUUCUAUCUUUUGCUGCUAUGAAUGAAGUGCUACGGUGUUGAUGGUCUGAAUUCUGCAAGUACGGAACAGAAAGCCUCAAUAAAGUAAUUUUGGAAAUUGGACAUUCGCUGAGCAAAGAGGGCCUCUAGCCAAAUUUAUGAAAUGUCAUAGUUUGAUAUGACAUUUUUGAGGGACUUUAAUGGAUCCUGAAUGUUUAAUUUUAAUACUCUAACACCCUACUUAGCACUCUGUGGUCCAUUCAAAGUGCACUGAUGUUGUGUGGUUUUGAGUUGCAUGUAAAACCUAGGAUCCAGCAUUGUGUCUGUGUGACUUCAAAUAAAAUCAAAGUCAA